AUGAGUUUGCAAUAUUCCAGUAAAGCCGAUAUCGAUUACUUAAAAUAAGAUGAAAUCGGUAAAGUAAUAUGUAAAGGAUUGGCUUCAUUGUAUUUAGAAAAUCCAAAGUUUCCUGUAGAUUAUUUAGCGAAAUGGCUAUUGAAUUAUUCUGCAUCAUUAUCAAAUGAGAAUAAAUUAGAAGGAAUAUUAUAAGAAAAAGAGGUAUUAAAAAUGUAACAUUAAGAAUAAUUAGAAAAGAACAGAUAAGAAUAGGAAAGAGUCCAGUAAUUAAAGCUAAAAGAUGAAGAAAUCGAUAAUAAUUUUGAAGAAAAAGUUAGAAAUGAAGAAUAUCAUUAAGAAUUAUUAGUAAGUGAAUUUCCCAACUUCUUAGAAAAAAGAAAAAAUUUAGUUGGAGUUUACAUAGGAAUUAAAGACUUUCCUUUCAAACAAAUUAAUGAAGAAGAUGAAGAUGAAAAAGCUCAUCUUGAUUAAGAGGCUGAAAAAAUUAUUAAAUAUAUUGGGUAUUCCGAUUCUCACAAAGAUUUGAUGUCUAAUAAGAUAUUAUCAGCUAAAGAAGAAGAGAGUGUGACAGCAGCAGUAUUUAAAGAAAGAGAACCAGUUAAUGAAGAUGACCAAGAAAACGCAGGCCCUCCUCCUCCAAACUAUGUUUAUAUUCCUGAUCUAGUUAAGGAACCUAGAAUGACUUAUUUCAGAAUACCUAAAUUAGGCUCUUAUAUUGCAUUCCCUUUAAAAUAUAAUAGUUAUUUAAAGGUAAGCAAAUAUUAAAAAAAAAAAAAAAAAUUAAAAAAGGAAGAAUUCUUUAAUGAUGCGUUAUAAAAAAGAUAAGAAUAUUAAUAAGAAUUAGAAAAAUGGACAGUAGAAAAAAAAGAGAAAGAAGAGGAAUUUUAAAAGGAGAUUGAAGCUUUAGAAAAUGAUGAAGAAGCGUAAAAAGAAAAAUAGAUUGAAUUUGAUAAUUUUCUUGAAUAAUAUCCAGAAGCGCCCAAAGAAUAAGGAUUUUUAUUUGAAGCAAAAGAAUAUGUUUUAUGUGCAGAUACUAUGGGUUAAGACAGAGAAAUAUCUUAAGAAGAUAUUAAAUACUUAGAAUCUUAUGUAUAAUUAUUUGCUAAUAGUUGGGAAUAAACAGAAAAAAGAUUAAUGAGUUAAGAUAUUGACAGAUACAUUUAGUACUUAUAAGAAGCACCAAAAGAUUUAAUUGAUUAGUUAAAUGAUGAAGAGGCAAAAGCAGAAGAAGAUAAAAAAUCAGAUUAUGACCAUUUAAAAGAUAAUGAAAAAGAAUACAAUUACAGAUUAGAAAGUGUUAAAUUAGAAGCCUUAAAGGAAAUUCUAAAAUACGAACAUGUUUAAAAAUUGUUUUUAGAUUUAAAAGAAUAUCGUGUUUUAAAAUACCCUGUUAUUCUUUAAAAUAUUUUAUAUUUACUUGGGUAUACUAUGGAGGAAAUUAAUAUACCUAAAACUCAUAUUCUUAAUUGGAAAUACGUGAAAACAUUAUUAAAUGAAGAUUUCUUUAAUUUGCUUGUUAAUUAUAAUCAUUAAGGCCCGAAACCUAAUAAAGUUAAACCCUAUGCUUUAAUUAAUAAAAUAGCUACUAAAAUCGAAAAGUUCAAUUAAUAAGAGAUUGAUGAAUAUAAUAUUGGAUAUGGAAGACUUUUCAAAUGGCUUUAAGACACCACUAGACUAAGAAAAAUUGAUAUUGAAGUUAGAAAGUAAUAAUAUGCUGAUAGAGUAGCUGAAAUAGAAAAGAAAGAAGCCUAACUUGAAGUUUGGGAAAACGAUAAAUCUACCAAAUUACAAGAAGCAAAAGAUGCGGCAGCAGCCUCUGAAGAUCCUGAUAGUUUCGUUGAAGAAGAUUGGAUCGCUUAAUGGGAGGAAGAGAACCCAAGACCCAUAGUCCCAGAAAGAGUUGUAUAGGAUGUUGAUGAAGAUUGCUUGUUUGAAUGA